GCCGUGAAAUGAUUCAGGAUGUUGCAAGGGUGUCCCGUUCCAUGUCAGGAGGGUUAGGGUCCCUCUUCGCCAAGCAUGUCCCCAUCCGAUCGGACCCUGAAAAUCCCCGGAAAAGGGGCCAGUGGUGUCCCUCUUCGCGAUCUCGCAGAGGAGGGUUUGCCUCACCGCAUCUUCCUCGGACCUCAAGCAGUAGCCCAAGCACCGCGCCCCGAUUCUACCAGCCGUUCACCUUUUUCUCCCGAGCCUGCUCCUCGGCCAUCGGUUCCGUCCUCUGGACGAAUUUGGCGACCGACCCUGCCCCUCGCGCCGUUCCCAUUUCAAAGUCCCCUCGCAAACCCCGACAAAGCACCGAGACUCCGAAAAGGAACGCCCCUACGCCAGCCGGUGGAAAGAAACGGAACAGAAACAAGAUAAGACAAGGGAAAAGAAGGACAAAAAAUGUCAGGCGCCGACAGCCCCGAGAUCCUCGCCGCGUACGACGCGGUACGCUCCGACAAGGACGCGACCAACUGGUUGCUGAUCUCGUACGCGGCACCGACGGGCAACGCGCUGACGCUGUCCAAGACGGGCACCGGCGGGCUGGCCGAGCUGGCGGCUUCGCUGGACGACGGCGAGGUGCAGUACGCGUACGUGCGGGUCGAGUACGCCAACGACGCCGAGAGCAAGCGGGUCAAGUUUGCGUUUGUCGUGUGGAUCGGCCCGAACACCAAGGUGAUGCGCAAGGCGAGGGCCGGGCUGGAGGCCGGGGCUGUGAAGAAGGUGCUGAGUCAUUACAGUGUGCAGGUGGAUGCUGGGGAGAGGAGGGAUUUGGAUGAGCAGGAGGUUGUGAGUAGGUUGAGGAAGGCUGGGGGGGCGGAUUAUAAUGGAGGGAGGGGGUGACGAUAGCACUAAGUGGGAGACGAAGAGAGGAAGAGAGGGGACGCGGCAAGUGGUGAUGUCCGGUCGACAGGCAUAGCGUGGUUCCGGCGGAAUAUACCAGUUUGGCGUGUUUUUGGAUAUAUCGAAUCUGGUCGAGACAGCGUGCUUUGUGUAGUUUCGUCUGGUGUUGCAAGCUCCAUCUAUUCCACCUGGCUUACUAAAUGGGUACGAUACAUACAGGCUACAGGCACAGGAAUCGCGACA